AUGACCUCGAGUGGCGCCCGUCCUGAACAGGAACAAUAUUGCCAAGCAAUCUCCGUCCCUGUUCUCACCAACCACCCAAAGUUUCGAGUUGACAACCCCGGCCUGCAGGCUUGUCCCUGCCUCAGAGCUGGCGAAAGGCAUCCACACACGACACGGGCCGCGACAUUAUUUUUGGAGGAGCUUAUGCGGUCCCUCCCAUUGGACUUGGUGACCACCAGGACUGCAGAGCUGCCCGGCGGAACCGUGCAAAAGUCGGGUCCGAGGCAAUUCUCCCAGCUUGAGGUUUCAGCAACAUGUUGCUCCGGGUUGGGCCUUGGCCCCUCAGCCCUCAUUGCAACACGAUCAAUUGGCCGGCAGUGCCACCCAAGGAUGUCUGUUCUGCUGGACCGUCCUCAUCUGGGCGCCAGGUUGCACCCCAAAGCUGGGUGCAUGUCGCGCCAAGACCCCGACGAAUAG